CAAAAUUGGCACGUCCAAUGCAAGUGCCAGGAAGAGGGCUACUUAGAGUUUCAUGUGGUCAGUGCACCAACGCUCAAUGCGCCGCGAUCACACCUUCCCCAAAUUCUAUGAGCUUGGCAACCCUGCGUCACAUCGUCACAGCUCGACGAUCGGACAGUUAUCUUCCUCUUACCCUCUUCCACUUCAACGUCUCUCAGGAGAGGGAAGCUACGAACGCGGAUAUUUAUGCCUUUUUCGAUCGGCCUACUGCAAGCCUGUCCAACAUGUGACCUGGUUCUCGGCCCUAUCAAGAGGCUUGUACUCCGUGAUUGAGGCAGUCGUCACGACCCGCCGCAUAACAAGCGCGUCUCAUCCGGCCCUCACGAGCAACCACCACGGCCGUUCGGUCCGCCUAAUUUCUUGGGCUAUCGUUACUUCGCUUGCACAGCGUUGACUUUCCCACAACCGUCAACAUGCCGACUGCAAUGCACCCCCAGGCUAAAUUUGAUCCAAUCCCCCCGGACUUGGAUCUACACGGUCUCGUCGACCGAAGUUCCAAUUUCGACUGGGUCGUUCGAAUCUCUACAGCUCAGAUCCGGCGACUCGGCCCAUCCGGCUUCGAAAAGCUCGUACAGCUCCAUGUCAUUGAAAGCGGCAAGCCUUUAGUUAUUGAAGGUUGGAAUAAGGUUCUGCCUGAAUCUCUGUUCAGCGCCAAAUGGCUGGAGAAGACACAUGACAAGACACAGGAAAACGUUCGCGACAUCAACCACCAGACGGACAUUCCCAUGACGAUGGGCCAUUAUCUUCGAUCAAUGCGACAACUGACAAACCAGUGGACCCCAAACAACUUCCGAGAUGAGCGACGCCAAAGACUGUACUUGAAGGAUAUCGACUGCCCCACGGAAUGGUAUGAACAUUUGAAGAAGGUGAUUCCUCCAAACGUCUUCUACAUGAACGAGAACGUAAGCGAGAACCCGGCCGAGAGUUUGCGUAACGACGAUAUUUUUGGCGCCGCAGAACCAACAGCUGCCGUCGCUGGUGAUUUGAUGAGUUGUUUGGCCGAGGACAUGCGUGCUCAGAAUCUUAUGUGUUACAUCGGUCACGAAGGAACGUAUACGCCAGCCCACAAGGAAAUGUGCGCUAGUUUGGGGCAGAACAUUAUGGUUAACGCCUCGGGAGAUGAGAAAGGAGAAAAACCCGGUAGCUCCAUUUGGUUUAUGACUGAAACCAAAGACCGGGAGGUAGUGCGCGAGUACUUCCUUUCCAUGCUUGGCCACGACAUCGAGAUUGAGAAGCACUUUGCACAGAUUAAUGCUUGGAAGAAGGCAAAUUUCCCCGUUUAUAUCGUCGAGCAAAAGGUCGGAGAUUUCAUUCUCAUUCCCCCGUUGGCACCUCAUCAGGUAUGGAAUCGAGGAACACGGACAGUGAAAGUGGCUUGGAAUCGGACGACUGUUGAGACAUUAGAUCUGGCUCUUCACGAAGCUCUGCCUAGAGCGCGACUUGUCUGCAGAGAUGAACAGUACAAGAAUAAGGCUAUCAUUUACUUUGCGCUUGAAAAGUACUACAACAAGCUAGAAGGUGCUGAGAAGAACGUUGAAGUCGGCCUCCUGGGUCUCGGCCAAGAGUUGACGCAAAAUUCGCCCCGCCUGAGGCAAAUGGCCAACGAUUUCCGGCGGCUAUUCGGCCUCUUCACCGAGAUUUUGGUGGAUGAGAUGUUUGGCCCCAAACACACUGAUGUUGAGCUCAUCAAAUUCGACUCCAACAUCACGUGCUCAUAUUGCAGAUCCAAUAUCUUCAACCGAUUCUUGACCUGCAAAUGCUGUGUACGUCAGCUUAUCAAUGGAGAUGAGGACACUUAUGACAUCUGCUUGGAAUGCUACGUGAUGGGCCGCUCCUGCGUCUGUAUAUCGGGGCUGCAGUGGUGCGAGCAAUGGCGUUGGUCCGAUCUCGUUGAAAAACACGAACAAUGGCGCGCCAUGGUCAUCAAACAAGAUGGCUUUGUGGAUAUCGAGCACUCCCCUCAACCGCUUGAGCUUGCGCGCAAGAAGUCUGGGAAGAAGUCUGUAGCGCAGAUUUGUCAGGAACAGCUUCGAAGACGUCCGUGGAACGACAUCACCAAGGCAGCCGAGCAAGCUCCUCCGGAGGGGUCAGAACCAGAACCCGAAGUUGACGAUGAAGGUCGUGUCAAAAAGAAGCUCAAAUAUAAGCGCAAGACAAAGCAGGGCGAGAUUCAUCGUUGUCACGUUUGUUGCCACAAGGACUAUACGUUCAAGCUCAACUACUGCACCACAUGCCAAGAGGCAUACUGCUAUGGUGUGCUCUGGAGAGCAUUCGACACUAUGCCGCAAUCUGCUAUGGAACAGGAAAACUGGCAAUGUCCGAGGUGUCUCGGCAUCUGCAAUUGUGGUGCCUGUCGGAGAACGGGAAAAAUGAAUCCCUAUGUACCCAAAAAUACUCUCCUCGGUCAUGACACGCGGCACAUCGCCGAUGACCGCAGUGUUGAGUCUAUCGUCGACUUCCGUGUUCAUAACCUUAACUGGCUGAAGGGUGCUGGUGAAGAGACGCGAAGUAAGGACACCAAACGCAUGCAGAGACUACGUGAACAGGCAGAUGCUGAGAAAGCCAAGGAUCCUCUGGCUUCGUUGUCUGCGCAAGACGCUUCGCACGAGAUGGACUCAGCUAUGCACGACACUUCCACAAACGGUUAUGGAGAUCAAAGUCAAGCCUUGGGUCUCGGUGGUAUGCCGAUAUAUAAUGGCGAGUCCUCGAAUGCGCAUCGCGAUCCCACAACGGAAGAGGGCGGAAGCCGUGUUGAAGUGGCCGACAUGUCUGGCAUGCCGAACGAGGAGAGCAAUUCGAUAUAUCCCGAGCCGUCUUCGUACCCUGACCCCACAAUGGGUACUCGUAUGAUGGGCAUGGGCUUCUAUGAGCAGGAUGAUAGCGCCGAUAAGAUUCUUUUCGAUGCUUUUCAAAUACCUUCCACGGAUGCACUCAACAACGAGCCGGAGAUGUCGGAGUUCGUCAAGAAGACGCUACGGCUUGCCAAGCGGAAAGCAAGACUUGAGAAUGACGAUGAUCCGGACUUCCAAGGUCCGAAAAUUCACCAUCGCAAGAAGCCAAAGACAGGCAACAUUGAUCAACUAGUCAAUCUAGAUCCGGCUUUGCUUGGUUCUCUGGGUCAAGAUAGCAGUACAAGCACACCCAUUCGACCGGAUGCCCAAGAUGGGUCUAGAGAAGCAACUGCUACUGAAAACGGUCAACAGAGUGAGUUUGUCACGCCUCUACCUCGGCUGAAGCCGGCUCGACCUCCUCUUCCGGUAGAACCUCUGAAUCCGACACUGCGCCAUGCCAGGCCGGUGCAAUCGUAUGCAGAAGCCGAAGAGCCAGCAGAUGACCCUGAUGACAUUAUCCCGGCUUUCACUAUGCCCUCGAGAGAAAAUAAAGAGAAGGAGGACGGAAAUUCGAGCAAGAAUCCAAUUGAUCUGGCUGCAGAUGCCGUCCGUGCGCUCUCCCAAAUGGAUGGUGACGGUGGCCAAAAUGACACACCCCAGCAAGGGCCCAAGAGACGAGGUAGACCCCCGAAAUCAGGGAGCUCAUUGCCUGAGAGUGGCAAGAAAAGGGCAGGUCGCCCACCCGGGUCUCGCAAUAAACCUCGUCCGUCCAGCUUGAGUAACGUCGACAGGAAUGAGAACCCUGCAAUGCUGGAUGGCAGCGAUGUCGAACAGAACAAUCAAGUUACAAACCAGGACAAGACAGACACCAAUUCUCCAGCUAGUGCUCCCAUCAAAAGAGGACGAGGUCGACCACCAAAGGGGUCCCUGGGACUGGCAGCGCCGCGGUCAGCACCUGAACCGGCUCCUGUUUCAGAAUCAGAAUCAGAAUUCGAGCUCAAACUCGUCCGACCUCCUAAGGGUGAAAUGAUGUCCAUGGCGGAACGCAUGGCAGCCCGUGGGAAGAAGAUAAAGAUUCGCGCCAAAUCCAGAAACGGCGAGAGUAAUUUCCCAACUAAUCAGCCUAACGCCCAUGCGUCCGUCCAUGGCCCAGUCCCGCCAACGGAGUCAGAGGACACACCUGUGGCAGAUGCUGAUGAGGUUCCGUCCGAAUCGGCCACUAAGCGUGGCCUUGGCCGUAGCGAAUCGGUGGAUAAUGACUUGAAGGCACCGGAGCCCGAGGCCGGGUCUUCGGAGGCGAGUUCGACGCCAGAAAAGCAGCCUGUAUUUGCUGUGCGGCCCGUGCAAAAAUCAGGUCCCACGAUUGUGAGAUUAGACUAUUCGGAUGACAAUAGUACUUCGAACAGCGACAGUGUCAGUGAUUCUGAUGACUCAGAUGAAAUUCCAGCACAACGGCACUUUGCCGUUCGUGGGGGCGGCAGGGGUCGGGGACGAGGGCGAGGUCGCGGCAGAGGGCGGGGUAACACGUCGGGGGUUGCGUGA